GCCGGGGCGCUAGCGAGGCCGGGAGGAUGGCGCGGGCCUGGCGGGUGCAGCGGGUGCUCUGGGCGCUGCUGUUGCUGCUGCCGACACUGGGCCCCGCCGCGGCCGCCAAGCUUAACAUUCCCAAAGUGCUGCUGCCCUUCACGCGGGCCACGCGCGUGAACUUCACUCUGGAAGCUUCUGAGGGCUGCUACCGCUGGUCUUCCACGCGGCCAGAGGUAGCCAGCAUAGAGCCAUUGGGCCCCAGUGAACAGCAGUGCUCCCAGAAGGCAGUGGUGCAGGCCCGCUUGACCCAGCCAGCCCGCCUGACGAGCAUCAUCUUUGCAGAAGACAUCACCACAGGCCAGGUGCUGCGUUGUGACGCCAUUGUUGACCUCAUCCAUGGCAUUCAGAUCGUCUCUACUACCCGUGAGCUCUAUCUUGAAGACUCUCCACUGGAGCUGAAGAUCCAGGCCCUGGACUCAGAAGGGAAUACCUUCAGCACUCUGGCAGGACUGGUCUUUGACUGGACGAUUGUGAAGGAUACAGAGGCCAAUGGGUUCUCAGACUCCCACAAUGCACUGCGAAUCCUCACCUUCUUGGAGUCUACGUAUAUCCCGCCGUCCUACAUCUCAGAGAUGGAGAAGGCAGCCAAGCAGGGCGACACCAUCCUAGUGUCUGGGAUGAAGACUGGAAGCUCCAAGCUCAAGGCUCGCAUUCAGGAGGCUGUGUACAAGAAUGUCCGUCCUGCGGAAGUCAGGCUGCUGAUCUUGGAGAACAUCCUUCUGAAUCCAGCCUAUGAUGUGUACCUGCUGGUGGGGACCUCCAUUCGCUACAAGGUUCAGAAGAUCAGGCAGGGCAAGAUUACAGAACUCUCAAUGCCCUCUGAUCAAUAUGAGCUGCAGCUUCACAACAGCAUCCCAGAUCCUCAGGGAGACCCUGCCCGUCCUGUGGCCAUCCUGACACAAGACACAUCAAGAGUCACUGCCAUGCAAAUGGGACAGAGCAACCUGGUCCUGGGCCACAGGAGUAUCCGCAUGCAAGGAGCUUCCAGGCUGCCCAACAGCACCAUCUAUGUGGUAGAAGCUGGGUACCUAGGGUUCACAGUCCACCCUGGUGACAGAUGGGUGCUUGAGACUGGACGUCUAUAUGCAAUCACCAUCGAAGUGUUUGAUAGGUCCAGCAACAAGGUCUACCUAUCUGAUAACAUCCAAAUUGAAGCUGUGCUUCCUGGUGAGUUUUUUGAGGUCCUGUCGUCUUCCCAGAAUGGGUCUUACCAUCACGUCAGAGCAAUCCAGAGUGGCCAGACUACUAUCAGUGCAACCCUCACCUCUGUGGUGGACCAGGAUGGAGGGGUCCAUGUGCUUCAGGUACCUGUGUGGAACCAGCAAGAAGUGGACAUUCAUAUCCCCAUCACACUCUAUCCCGGCAUCCUGACAUUUCCAUGGCAACCAAAGACAGGAGCCUAUCAGUAUACCAUAAAGGCCCAUGGGGGCAGUGGGAACUUCAGCUGGUCUUCGUCGAGCUCCAUGGUUGCCACAGUCACCGUCAAGGGUGUCAUGACCACAGGCAGUGACACUGGACUCAGUGUGAUCCAGGCACAUGAUGUUCAGAACCCUCUCCAUGUUGGUGAGAUGAAGGUGUAUGUGAUUGAGCCCAGCAGCAUGGAGUUUGCCCCGUGCCAGGUGGAGGCUCGAGUGGGUCACACCCUGGAGUUGCCCCUGAUAAUCAGUGGCUUCAUGCCUGGUGGAGCCAAUGAGGUGGUCACCCUAAGCGACUGCUCCCACUUUGACCUGGUGGUGGAGGUGGAGAACCAGGGUGUGUUCCAGCCGUUACCAGGGAGGCUGCUGCCGGGGCCUGAGCACUGCAGUGGGGUCAAGGUGAGAGCUGAUGCCCAGGGGUCCACCACGCUGCUUGUGAGCUACACUCAUGGCCAUGUGCACUUGGAUGCGAAGAUCACUCUCGCUGCCUACCUGCCCCUCAAGGCUGUGGAUCCCUCUUCUGUUGCUGUGGUAACUCUGGGCUCCUCAAAAGAGAUGCUGUUUGAAGGAGGCCCCAGGCCAUGGGUCCUAGAACCUUCUAAAUUCUUCCGGAAUGUCACUUCUGAAGACACGGGCAGCAUCAGCCUGGCUCUCUUGGGUCCUCCAGCGUCCCGAAAUUACCAGCAGCACUGGGUCCUUGUGACCUGCCAGGCCUUGGGUGAACAGGUCAUCGCCCUGUCUGUGGGGAACCGGCCAAGCCUCUCUAACCCCUUCCCUGCUGUGGAGCCCACUGUGGUAAAGUCCGUCUGUGCCCCGCCUUCCAGGCUCACUCUCAGGCCCGUCUAUGCCCUCCCACAGCUGGACCUGUCCUGCCCACUGCUGCAGCAGAACAAGCAGGUGGUUCCGGUAUCCAGUCACCGCAAUCCCCUGUUAGACCUGGGUGCCUAUGACCAACAGGGCCGGCGGUUCGAUAACUUCAGCUCUCUGAGCAUCCGGUGGGAGUCCUCCCGGCCGCUGCUGGCCAGCAUUGAGCCCGAGCAGCCCAUGCAGCUGGUAUUUCAGGAUGAUGGGAAUGGCCAAAAGAAGCUACAUGGUCUGCAGGCAGUGUCAGUUCAUGAGGCGUCAGGAACCACAGCCAUCUCUGCCACGGCAACUGGCUACCAGCAGUCCCACCUGAGCGCAGCCAGAGUGGAACAGCAGCAUGACCCUCUCGUACCUGUGUCCGCCUCUGUCGAGCUUAUUCUUGUAGAGGAUGUAAGGGUCAGCCCAGAAGAAAUGACCAUCUAUAACCACCCUGGUGUCCAGGUAGAACUGCACAUUACAGAAGGCUCUGGUUACUUCUUCCUCAACACGAGCACCCCGGACAUCAUCAAGGUGGCCUACCAGGACGCCCGAGGCGUGGCUAUGGUACACCCUCUGCUCCCAGGCUCAUCAACUGUCAUGGUCCAUGACUUAUGCCUGGCCUUCCCAACCCCAGCAAAGGCCGUCAUUCAUGUCUCUGACAUUCAAGAGCUCUAUGUCCGAGUGGUGGACAAGGUGGAGAUCGGGAAGGCAGUCAAGGCCUAUGUCCGCGUGCUGGACUUCUACAAGAAGCCUUUCCUGGCCAAGUACUUCACCUUCAUGGACCUCAAGCUGCGAGCCGCCUCCCAGAUAAUCAAGCUGGUGAGUCUGGAUGAGGCUCUGGACAGCUACACGGCCACGUUCCUCGUACAUGGUGUGGCCAUUGGCCAGACCAGCCUGUCUGCAAGUGUGACGGACAAAUCUGGGCAGAGAGUCAGCUCCACCCCACAGCAGAUUGAGGUCUUCCCUCCAUUCAGGUUGAUACCCAGGAAGGUAACACUUAUUAUUGGAGCCAUGAUGCAGAUCACCUCCGAGGGUGGCCCACAGCCUCAGUCUAACAUCCUGUUCUCCAUCAACAAUGAAAGCGUGGCAGCAGUGAGCAGCGCUGGACUGGUGCGUGGCCUCACAGUUGGCAACAGCUCUGUUCUGGGGGUUGUGCAGGCUGUGGACGCUGAGACUGGCAAGGUCAUCAUAGUCUCUCAGGACCACGUGGAAGUAGAGGUGCUGCAGCUCCAGGCAGUGAGGAUCCGUGCCCCGAUCACACGAAUGAGGACCGGGACCCAGAUGCCUGUCUACGUCACCGGGAUCACCAGCAACCAGAGCCCUUUCUCCUUUGGCAAUGCUGUGCCAGGCCUGACUUUCCACUGGUCUGUGACCAAGCGGGAUGUCCUGGACCUCCGAGGGCGGCACCAUGAGGUGUCAAUCCGGCUCCCUCCUCAAUACAACUUUGCCAUGAAUGUACAUGGUCGGGUGAAAGGUCGGACUGGACUGCGGGUGGUGGUCAAAGCUCUGGACCCCACAGCUGGGCAGCUGCAUGGCCUUGGCAAGGAGCUCUCAGAUGAGAUCCAAAUUCAGGUAUUUGAAAAGCUGCGGCUGCUGAACCCUGAAAUAGAAGCAGAACAAAUACUAAUGUCACCCAACUCGUUUAUAAAGCUGCAGACAAACAGGGAUGGUGCGGCCGUGCUAAGCUACCGUGUCCUGGAUGGGCCUGAGAAGGUUCCUGUUGUGCACAUUGAUGAGAAGGGGUUCCUGGUGUCCGGCUCUGGAAUCGGGGUGUCCACCCUUGAAGUGAUUGCACAGGAGCCUUUUGGCACCAACCAGACUGUCAUCUCAGCUGUAAAGGUCUCUCCUGUUUCAUACCUGAGGAUCUCCAUGAGCCCAGUCCUGCACACGCAGCACAAAGAGGCACUGGCGGCUCUGCCUUUGGGGAUGACCGUGACCUUCACUGUCCACUUCCACGACAACUCUGGAGAUGUCUUCCAUGCCCACAAUUCAGUCCUCAAUUUUGCCACUAACAGGGAUGACUUUGUGCAGAUUGGCAAGGGUGCCAUCAACAGCACCUGCAUCGUCCGCACAGUCAGUGUGGGCUUGACUCUGCUUCGUGUGUGGGACGUAGAGCACCCUGGCCUCUCCGACUUCGUACCACUACCCGUCCUACAGGCCAUCACCCCAGAGCUGUCUGGAGCUGUGGUGGUGGGUGACAUCCUCUGUCUGGCUAGUGUUCUCAUUAGCCUGGGAGGUGUCUCAGGGACCUGGAGCUCCUCAGCCAGCAAUGUCCUCUACAUCGACCCCAAGACAGGUGUGGCUGUGGCCCGAGAGGCAGGGUCUGUGACUGUUUACUACGAGAUCGCUGGACAUCUGAAGACAUUCAAGGAGGUAGUUGUCAGCACCCCUCAGAAGAUAGUGGCCCGUCGCCUCCAUUCUGCCCGGACCAGUAUCCAGGAAGCCACAGCCUCCAAAGUGACCGUCAGCGUGGGAGACAGGAGCUCUAACCUGCUUGGUGAGUGCUCCCCUGCUCAGAGAGAAGUCAUUGAAACCUUACACCCAGAAUCCCUCAUCAGCUGCCAACUCCAGUUCAAGCAAGAUGUCUUUGAUUUUCCUGCUUGUGAUGUCUUCACUGUGGAGCCAGGAUUUGAUGCUGCUCUGGGCCAGUACCUCUGCUUGGUUACUAUGCACAGGCUGACAGACAAGCAGCUGAAGCACUUGAGCAUGAAGAAGACAUCACUGGCCGUCACUGCCUCCAUGCCCAGCAGCCGCGCCUCUGUAGAGAAGGUGGGAGCUGAGGUCCCCUUCAGUCCAGGGCUCUAUGCCAACCAGGCAGAAAUCCUUUUGAGCAACCACUAUACCAGCUCUGAGGUCAAGAUCUUUGGUGCUGUGGAGAUUCUGGAAAACCUGGAGGUGAAAUCCGGGUCCCCAGCAGUGCUGGCCUUUGUGAAAGAGAAGUCAUUUGGGCUGCCCAGCUUCAUCACGUACACUGUUGGUGUCUCAGAUCCCACAGCUGGCAGCCAGGGCCCUCUGUCCACUGGCCUGACCUUCUCCAGCCCAGCCACUAACCAGGCCAUCACCAUUCCAGUCACUGUGGCCUUUGUGAUGGAUCGUCGUGGGCCUGGUCCUUAUGGAGCCAGCCUCCUGUCACACUUCCUGGACUCCUACCAGGUCAUGUUCUUCACCUUCUUUGCCCUGCUUGCUGGGACAGCGGUCACCAUCAUAGCCUACCAUACAGUCUGUGCACCCCGGGAACUUGCUCCGCCCCUGGCUCUCACACCCCGUGCCAGCCCUCAGCACAGCCCCCACUAUCUUGCCUCAUCGCCAGCCACUUUCAACACACUGCCUCCUGGUCGCAAAGCCAGUCCUUCCUCAGGGCUCUGGAGCCCAGCCUAUGCCUCUCACUAGCCAAUGUGCAGGCCUGGU